AUGUCUAUCUUUAUUGAUAUUGAAAGAGUACGAGAGCAGGCAGAACUCUUAACGCUCUCUCGCUGUUCCUUCAUUCUCGGCACCGGUACUGUCCCGUUCCGUGGCGGCGGGUGUUUGGUUGUUGAUUUUCUCCAAGUUCAAGAGCUCGGUAUUACUACAACAGAGCGAUUGAUAGAUCGAUACCUACCACUUCAAUGCGAGGAAGUACCUCAUGUGCUAGUCCACAAUGAUCUCUGUGGAAACAACAUAAUUGUUAACGAGAAGGCUGAAUUGCAAUGGUAUAGUCAGAAUGAAUCCUUCAAGCAGACUGUUUAUCCACCAUUUCUCACACACGAUCCGACCCUGGAAGGUCAGGAGAUCAAUUGGGCUGCGAGAGAUACGGAAACUAUGCAACGAGAUCGUGCCUUCUAUCUUGGCUGUAUUCGCGAAUUGGCGCUAGCGAAAGGGGGGCUGGUGGAGGAAUAUUAUACGAACUUGGCUAGAAAGGACGAGAUUGAUAAGUACUGGUGGUUUGUUGCUGCAACCUCCAAAUCGAUGCAUAAGGCCAUGGUAGCUUGCAAUUGGAAACCACCGGUAAAGUAUCGAUAG